UACCCCAACAACCUCACUGCUUCUGACAUGGCCUAUUUCAUUGCGGCCCCAACCCUGUGUUACGAGCUCAACUUCCCGCUGACGGAACGCAUCCGCUGGCGGUUCCUCGCGCGCCGAUUGUUUGAGAUGCUGGUCAUGUCUGCCAUGAUUCUAAGCAUUGGGCAGCAGUGGAUCGAGCCUACCGUACUGAAUACAUUCAAGGACACGACUCAUCCUUCCCUCUUCUCUCUGAUUGACCGAGCCCUCAAGUUGUCCCUGCCCAACAACCUCAUGUGGCUUUGUCUGUUCUUCAUGUAUUUCCAUUCCACGCUGAAUGCAAUGGGCGAGGUUUUGCGCUUUGGUGAUCGCCAAUUCUAUCGUGACUGGUGGAACGCCACCUCCGUCACAUACUUUUGGAAGAAUUGGAACAUCCCAGUGCACAAGUGGGCCGUGCGCCACGUCUAUCGCCCACUCGUUGGACAGGGGUUCUCCAAGCUCCAGGCGCAAUUGGCGGUUUUCUUUCUCUCUGCCGUUUUCCAUGAGCUGCUCGUCAGCGUACCUCUGUGCAUGUUCCGCAUGUGGGCUUUUACUGCCAUGGCCAUGCAGGUGCCCCUGGCCCUCUUUGCCGAUCGGCAUUUCAACGGCUCGCAGUAUGGCAACGUUGUGGUUUGGGCAUCGCUAUUUUUCGGCCAGCCAGCCGCAGUCAUGCUUUAUGUGCAGGCUUACCUUGCCCAACAACAGCGCGAGCAAUAAUCGCUUGCUACCUUCAUCUAGACCUGCAUUCUCCAUCAAGACGUGUGCUUUUGGUAUUCACUUGCCACCACACUCCAUCGGUCCUUUGCCUUGGCUAGAGAAACACCACCGCGCUUGAUUCCAACUUUUGCCAUUCAUAAACUUGCGCAGUGCCACAUGAGAUGAAUCGCACCAAGCCCGGUUCAGUUGCUAUCCACCAGAUGGAAAAACCGCCAACGUCUAGACUCUCGCAGUCCAGCGUGGUCACGCGUUGUCUUGAGUCUGCAUGCCUGCCUGUGUGGAUGCUUGUCAGCUGAGAGAAGAAGAAGAAUUGAACAAUGGCCCG